CAGAUUCAAAUUCAUCAUCUCUUCAGAUCUACUUCUAAAAAAUUCGACAGAGAAAUUCCGGUGAAGUCGAAGGGUAGAUGAUAAUCCAUCAAAAUCGUCGACGGCUCUUUCGAUCGUGCUUAGUCCAUUACUUUCUAUAAUCGAAUCGCUCCGAGGAAAUGCACAGCCGAGCUUCAAGCAACCGGCUGUCGAGCUCGGCGUUUCAUUCUCGACUUUCCGCCCUGAUUCUCGCCAUGUUCGCUACAAUGGCGUCGAUUUAUGUUGCCGGCAGAUUGUGGCAGGAUGCAGCGAGUAGGGUAUAUUUAAUUCAGGAGCUUGAUAGGAGAACUGGACGGGGUCAAUCUGCUGUAUCUGUUGAUGAUACACUAAAAAUUAUAGCCUGCAGGGAACAACGGAAGAAAUUAUCAGCUCUUGAGAUGGAGCUUGCAGCAGCUAGACAGGAAGGUUUUGUUUCCAAGCGCUUGUCAGAGAAGGAUGUUACCCACUCUAAGAAAAAGCGUUUAGUUGUAAUAGGAAUUAUUACUACAUUUGGGCGCAAGAAGAAUAGAGACGCAAUUCGGAAAGCUUGGAUGCCAACAGGGGCAGCUUUAGGAAAACUGGAGGAUGAGAAGGGAAUUGUUCUACGGUUUGUAAUAGGGAGGAGGUCUCUAUCUUCACCCUAGCAGAAAUAAGAAUUUUUCACCCUUUCAGUUUAGUUAAGUUUAUGAAUCUUGCAGUGCAAAUCGUGGAGACAGUUUGGACAGGGAGAUUGAUAGUGAAAAUAGCCAGAGCAAUGACUUCAUUAUCCUCGACCAUGUGGAGGCCCCUGAGGAGCAAUCAAAAAAGACUAAAUUGUAUUUUAUUCAUGCUGUGGAGAGAUGGGAAGCUGAGUUUUAUACUAAGGUCAACGAUGAUGUUUAUGUUAAUAUCGAUGCUCUGGGAGCAUCACUUUCUUCUUAUUUGGAUAAGCCUCGGGUUUAUAUUGGGUGUAUGAAAUCAGGAGAAGUAUUUUCUCAACUGACCCACAAAUGGUAUGAACCAGACUGGUGGAAAUUUGGUGAUGGUAAAUCAUACUUUCGACAUGCUUCAGGGGAAAUAUAUGCCAUCUCACAUGCGUUGGCGCAGUUUAUCUCUAUUAAUAGAUCUAUUCUCCGUACAUAUGCUCAUGAUGAUGUCAGUGCUGGAUCAUGGUUUAUUGGGCUUGAUGUGAAGCAUAUUAAUGAGGAGAAGUUUUGCUGCUCCUCUUGGUCAACAGGUUCCAUAUGUGCUGCCGUCUGAUCUGACUAACCAAAUUAAUCUCAACACAGUUGAUAUACAUAGCAAGUCUAUUCUUUUCCUGCAUUCAGCGUCAAGUGUUUUUUUUUGAUAUUACACUGGGAAGAGUUGAGAUUAUUAGCCAGAAGUUGAUCUUCUUGCUCACCUCUGAAGUGUGAACUGCAAAAUUGUUGAUUUAAGCUUUCAUUGUCAGAGAUGGUUUUUCUUCUAUCCACUUGGGACUCUUUCUAAUGACGUGGAUGCAGGCUACACACUUAUCAUUGUCAGAGAUUCACACACAAGAACUCCCUAGUUGCCAAUGUAUCAUAUUAGCUCUAUUUUUUCCUAGUUCAUUUUUUAAAAUAUCAUCUAUGAGUGUAUUUUUAGUUAUGAGCACUAGCACUAACCCAAAAAAUUAUGAGCAUGAACAUUUCGGCAAAAUUUCUUACCUAUUACAUUGCAUACAGUUAUGAUUUAUCCUUCUUGAGAGCAAAGAGAUGCUCCCUGAAAUGGGAGAACCAGUGAUUGACUCGUAUCUGCUUAUAGAGAUGAUGUCUUCUUCUUCCGCAAGAUUUGCCCAUAUUUGAGACAAUUUUUCUACAUCUUUGAUUAAUUGUUCUUCAUUUGGUACAUGGAUGUUUAUUUGAUUUACAGGUUUUGAAGGCUGUACCUGUUCAACCUCUUCCUUUAAUUUUUUGUGGCAGAAUAUACAAUAGUUCCUCAA